UUUCAUUUUGAAUUAGCGUGACGUGAGUGACGUCACUCACUAAGGAACCUGAGCUCAAAUCGUCUAAAGAGUGAAUCUGAAAGGCAAAUAUGGCGGACUUCUCAGCACAGGCAACUUCUGUGGCGCGGUUUCUUGCCAUAGCACACAUUUUUCUGGGCUUUGUUCUCGUCUGUUUUGGUAUCGCAGACUAUGUUACUCGGUACUUUUUCACAGGCUACAUAUGUUUUGGAAUUUGGAUCGGUUUAUGGAUGGGUAUCACAGGAAUUUUGGGUGUUGCUGGUACUCGCAAGGAGCAAACUAACUCCCGAGAUAUAUUUGCCAGUGUCUUCGUGGGCUUCUCCAUCACCUCAGCUGUGUUUGGUGGACUGAUCAUUACUUUCUACAGCAUUGCAAUUAACUCAAAUUCUUACAAAGAUUAUUACGACUCCUACUAUUUGGUCGAUGAAGCCGAACUGUCAAUCACUGGCAUCAUUCUGUUCAUUGGGAUUUUAGAGUUUCUGUUGGGAAUCUGGGAAGCUAUCUGUUGUUGCGUCAUGAAGGUGUGUGCGUGUUGCAACAUUCACGCGCAGUCUCAACAGAUGUAUGGACAAAUAAUGCAACCAACCAUGACUUAUGGGCCUGGUGGUCCUGUGGCAGUUCCAAUGCAAAACCCUGUUGGUCUAGGUGCAGUGCAAACUGAAUCACAGAUUCCACAGGAAGGCCAGCCUCAAAUGAUCAUGAUGCCUGUAUCUGGACCCAUGGGAGGUCAACCACAGGUGAUGCAGGUCCCUGCAUCUGGAACCAUGCCUACAGCUCAAGUGUCUCAAGGAUUUGAGAUGGCCGAAUCCGCUGGACAUGGAAAGUACAUGACUCUAAACAACGACCAGGUGUGAGAUGUGUUACAAGUUUGGUUGAGAUCAUCGACAAGGACAUUGGAAGUGUAAUGAACAUUCAAAGAGGACCCUGGUUGCAUAGUUGCCUUCGUUUUAAUUUAAAGUAGUAACAGUUCUGUUUUGUUUCCUUGUCGAAUUUAUGCCCCUAUUUUCUAGAUACUUUUGUUCAAAGUUUGAAUUACUUACGUAGCUAGCAUUCCUUGUAAACCAGCUUACAAUUAUACGCGUAUAUUAUACCUUUAUAUUGGUACGCUCGUUAUUGAGAGAAUUGGAGUUAGAAGAUCGACGGAGUUAGAUCACAGUUUUUUCUUUUUUAAAUUUAAGAUUUUUCAGGUUAUGUAAAAGUUACAGUUUCUUUAACCUUAACGACAGGAUCAGACGGAAGAUCCAGCUAAUCGUAUUUAGUUUCGUUUUCCUUUCGACUUCGCUUCUUUAGCCUUAAAACAUUUUUUUUUUCAUCUUGCACAUUGCAAUUUCCCCUUUUUAGUUUUAUUAUAUUAGUUUAAUAUGUGUAUGAUAUUCAGACGAUAGCAUUAAACUUUGUUGGAUCAA